AACUACAUGGAUAACAACUUCAAAAAGUUAUUAGAUGCAAUAAAGGGCAAUCAAACACCAGAUAAGCUCGCUGAUAGUAAAGCCCCGACACAUCAACAUGAUGUUGGCAUACAACACUCACAUGAGAAAAGCCAACCUCAUCGUUCUGAUAAAGGCACACCAACUGUCAACGACGUAGUCGAAGACAACAUGGUCGGAGACACAAUGUUGCAAGCUGAAUUAAAUACUGAUGGUGGGAUUUCUCAAGGCAAUCAAAGUGGCGGUGCAGUAAAGGUUUCAACCGAAGAGAAUCAAGGUGGUGGUGCAACUUCCGCGCAGAGGAGUCAUCCGGUGGUUGAGGCAGUUGGGUUGCCAAUUAAUGAUCCAGUUUCUGUUGUUGAUGUGGAUAAAGAAACGGGAGUUAAAAGUGAUGCACAAACAGAUGGAGUGCCCAUAUCACCAAUCCAAUUAAAAUUUGAUGAAUCUCAGCAAAUUGGUGAUAUGGAGAAUGCUAAUGCUGAAUUUACCGCAUCAGAGGAAAUGAUAGCGGACUUGCUAGUCAACUGUCCUUUAGCAUCUAUUAUUCUUCUCGGUCCUCCUCCAGUACCACGCAAUGAUCAAGCCGAUUUGUCAAGUUUAAGGACCCCUCAGAUUCCGGACGAUAAUUCAGUAACGAUCUCUCAAUGGAUGAUUUGCAAUUCUCAGAUAGCAAUCCAACUUGGAGUACAACCAACAACUGGACAAAGUUCAACUAAUGAAACUGAACAGCAAGUUGGAGUACAACUGAUUGUUGGCCACAGUUCAAGUGAUGAAACUAGACAACAAGUUCCUGUACAAUCAAAUGCCGGUCAAAGCUCAAGGGAUGAGACUGCACAGCUUUCAAACCCUGAAGCACAAAUCAUUUUCCACCCAGGGGCUACCCACGAAAGGAAACCAAGCAAAUACAACCUGUCCCCUUAUUGUCCCAAUUUCAGCUCAGCGGGUUCUUCUGCCAAAAAUAUCAGUCCUUGCAUUUAUCAGAAAAAACACCCAUUUGUUGAGCACCCUAUCAAUGCCCCGUUAGAUACUUCGUUUCUUCAAGAUUAUCAAAAGUGGCUUGAGAAGGAUCUGUUGAAAUCGCACGACAAAAAGAAACCCAAGGAAAAUCAUUACAGAAAGAACAAGGAAGGACUGGAUCCUGCUGAUACCGAACUUCGGUUACAUUUAGGCGUUACAGUCAUAUCCGACAAAAACUGGUUCUACUUGUUAUCCAUGGAUGGGCAAAUUUGGACUGAUGAGGUUUGACGUGUUUUUGCUUGUUAUCUAAGCUUUUUAUGUUUUAUAAUAGA